AUGGCACCGUCGACCUCAAACGUACAAUCUUCGACGUCACUAGAUUAUGCCUCCACGGAAGCAAUCCGCCGGUUGGCUCAACUGCAUCUUCACCAAAGUCUACGUUUACAUGUACCGCAAACGAUCGCCCAGGAAAGUUUACGAGUUACCUUUGCGACGACGAGCAACUUUGAUCAGCACGACUUGCCAGUCAUUUUGUUCUUAGGACCUAUGUUCGGCACCCGCUACAAUGCUUCGACCUUUGAUAGGCUAGCCCGGGCGACAAAAGUUAGGUGUAUUUGCGUUGACCGUCCAGGUUUCGGAGGAUCUACCCCAGUUCCUGUCAAUCAUCGAGUACAGGUCUGGCUAGAGACMGUUCCCUUGCUUCUAAAAAGGCUCAAAGUAAAGCGCGUGGCUCUUGUAUCUCAUUCGGCCGGUACGGUGUACUGCUUGAAUACACUAUUUCAUCAUCGAGACUUCCUGAGCCCUUCGGCGCCUUAUGUCGCUCUACUGGCUCCAUGGGUACAUAGCGAGCAUUCAAAGAUGGCCAUGACAACGGUGCUUUCAAAACCGCCAACAGGCAUGCUGUCUUCGUGGAGCAACAUAGUAGGCUUCAUCAACCAGCGGGUGGCUCCCACAGCUUCCUGGUCAGGGGGAGUCCUUAGCGAUGUCUCCAAGUUGUUCCAAGCCGAGUCGCAAGCUACUAGUAGUAGAGACAUGCAGGACAAGUAUGGCGACGAGGAAGUAGGAACGGAAAUUGAGAAACUACAGAGCAAGUAUAUGUUUGCGGAGUCAAUGGCAGGAGGGAACGACGAGGCUCGCCUGUGUUUGAAAAGUAACGGCGAUGGACUAAUGGGCGUCUGCGAGAACUACCAGCAAUACGUCAAGGAGUUAUCCGAGCAAGAGAGGGAACGACGUGGUCAGUCUGCUACCGAAGCGAAGCUCCAGGUAUCUAUACAUUUUGCGGGCUCUGACAUUAUGAUCGGAAAAGGCGGAAAAGACUAUUUUGAGAACUGUUGGGCCCUGGCCAGUGAGGAUGUCAUUGAAGUGUCCAGCACUGAAUAUCCUGGCACCAACCACGAUUCKGUUCUGAUAGAUUUCGAGAAAGGGGCGUUGAGGGGUAUCUUCGAGGCCGUGGCCAGCUCAUAUCACUGA